UUACCCUAACUCUUGGCUCCGGAGGAGGAGGAUGGCUGUGGAUAUCAACUCAUGGGAGCAGAUGUUUCAAACCUUGAUGCAGCAGGAAGAACCUGGGGACAGAUGGACUUUGAGGUUGGAUGAGAUGAUUCAGCCAGACCAAGUGGCCAAAGGGUGGAAGCAAUACGAGCAGAAAGCCUUUGGCAGGUUCCAGUGUUCCUCCUGCCAUCGAUCAUGGGCUUCUGCCAAAGUGCAGGUCCUCUGUCACAUGACCUGGAACCUCCGGACGUCCCAGGGGCAGGUGCUAAUGCGAUUCUUUGCUCAGAGGUGUCAAAAGUGUCAACUGUCCCAAUUUGAGAAGCCCACGUUCUCUUCUGAGAGCACCAGUACAAUUCUGAACAACUUGGUGCAGCGUAUUCUGGAGAGAUUCUAUGGAGAGGACCCCGGGACAGUUUGGGAGAUCCCGGUGGUGGCAGAAGUGCCGUUGAAAGGGUCUCACGACACAGCCAAUUGCGAAGCAUGUGUCCUCGGCUUCUGUAAACAUGGCUUACAAGAUCCACUCACUUCAUUCUCCUACCUGGAGAUUGGGAAUCUCUUGCCUCCUGUGGGUGAUGUGUUGGUCCAAAAUAGAGCCACGCAGGAGUCACCUGAAGUAAGAGCGCAUAUGUCAGAGCCCAGCCAUGCCACUGCUGGAACUCAAGGGUAUGAGGUAACCCCUCAGACCACAUCUGGGGCAGGCCCAAGAGCCACACGCAGGGCCGGGACCUCUAAUGCAUCUCAGGCUGAGUGGUCUGCCACAGCAGCAUUGGCCUUUUGUGAGUCCGGGCAUAGAAUGGCUUCUGGAAAUCGCAGAGCCCCUGCCUUUCCACCACCAAACCACAGCUCUCACCAGAAACAGUGGUUUGGGUGGGGCUCUGUGUGUGUUGUGGCUGUCUGCCUUUAUUUUGCUGCUAGAUACUUUACUAGUAAAGUAAGUCGGUGAAAACAAUUGUUUCAUUUUCUCUGGUUUUAAUUCAAUGGUGAUGAGAAAUCAAUGAACUGGGUGCCAUUUGAUAGGAGAGA